UUGACUUUUUCCCAAACCGAGCGCGUCAGUCGCGGUGCGACGUGUGUGUACUUGCAGUGCGUUUCUGUACAACAUAUUUAUAUCGUUUCAAGCAACGGUCCGAAAUCAGCAACAAUUACCCCCCAACAAACAAUAGCGAUAGUGUGUAUGUGUGCUUGUGCAUGUGUGUUUGCUUUUUCCGCACGUUUUAGAAAUUGUUCGCGGUGCAGCUACAUCUCCAAGUAGGCGUCGCUGUCCGUUCUAGUGUGUGUGUGUGCGUCGCAACGAGAAAGAGAGUGUGAGAACACGGGGAAGAGCUGCUACCUGCACACAGUGUACCGUUCUAGUCAUAGUAUUUAUUUGAACGCUAAUAUACCACCACCACCAUCACCACCCAGUCGGUCGCUGCCUGCAAGGGUGUAAGUGACCCCUUUAUUGUGUGCCUGCUCCAAAAUCAGCCACAAAACCACGCGGUCGAGCAUCGCAUCAGUACUCAGCAUAAGGCAUUCAACUCGCCAGCCCUCGGGAAGCGUGCGGGAAGGGCAGCUAUAGUGGUGGCGGACAUUGGAUCCCGUUGUUUUUUUUCUUCGCACUCCCUAUCCCGAAUACGCGUGUGUGUGUGUCUGUGAGCGGGUGUGCGUACAUCAGUAUUUUCUUCUGUCUCUCUUCCCCCCCCCCCCCCCCCCACGGGUCGGGUCAUCCUCAUCAUUUAAUCCCACCACCCCGUCUCCGAUGCUUGCCGUCCCGAUCGGAGUUGUUUGUUUGUUCCAGCCCAUCCCAGCAUCGUGGUCGCCCGUAAGCGUGCUUCGAUCCUCUUCUUUUCUGCGAUAGGAGCGGCAAAGGAAAAAGAGGAAAAAUCGAACACAAAACCAAGAAGAGCAACAACGGCGGCAGCAACAGCAAGAACAACAACAACAACAGCAAGUGCCAAUCGGGGGAGUGACGCGCUUUUUACGCUGACUAAACGCACAGCUCUCUUCAAAACACGCCUUAUCUCUUUCUGUCGCGCCCGCACCGUUCGUGCGUUAUCUCUCUCCCUCUCCCGAGCUACGCGCCUCCCGUGUGUAACCCUUGGCGUCCGCCCGUCCCUCCAGCUUACCGGAGGAUUCGCUUUGUUCUCGGGGUGCGAGUACAGUGCGUAAAACUGCGUAAGCACCACUACGAACAGCAAACACCGCGGCAGCAGCAGGAACAGCAGUGGCGCGCGGCAGUUUCAACGUAGCAAGCGCGUGGUUUUUUUGACGGCUCUGGUGCCUCGUGCAUUUGGCAAGUAGCAGGCAGCAGCAGCAGCUCGAACGCAUGGCAUCCUAACCACACAAACGCUCACGCGGGCUGUGUAUCGGACGAAAAAAACACACGCGGUAAGGCCUGCCUGCCAGUCCGGUUUGUUCACCCACGAAAGCGGUGCCGCGGAUCGACGUUCCAUGCUGUGCGGGAGAGGGAGAGACGGAGGGAGGCAACGAAGAGAACACUAGACAACGUGGUGUGAGGUGGUGGUGGCGGCGGCAGCGCUGUGCACAAAACGUGGUGCUGAGCAACGCGAACGAACAAGAUCGAACGAGUAAGAGAGAACGAGAGGGAAGGCACGAGGGAUUUGCUGUCAGUGCUGUGCAGUUGCAGUUUUAUCGAUCGAUCACAGCAGUCAGCGCGCGCGUGUGUGAGUGUAUGUCCAUUAUCAGCAUCACGGGCUGUGUAAAUAGCGGAACCCGCGACCUCUUUGCAACCUGAGCUGCAUUUUAAUCAGUGCAAGCCUUCGCCGGACUUACGUUGUGCCGAAAAGAUAGCACAGGCCGGUAGGUGGACACAGGUGCGAAGCGCAACUCCCAGGCACCAAGGAAAAGCGAAAGAAGUGCACACGGACAGUGGCUGAAUUUCCCUUACCCCCCCCACCACCGGCUGCACUUUUGAUUCGCGGAGAAACGGCGGCAGAACGAGACAAACGGCGAUCGGAUCGUGCGCGAGCUUGCGACGAGAAAGAGAAAGAGAGAGAGAUAGCGAGAGUGGUAAAGGGGUGAAAUUGACGUUGUCCCUAGAGUCGUAGUAGUGGUCCCUGCAGUGAAGGAGCGGGAGGGGAUAUCAGCAACAGCAUCGCGGUGCUUGCAAUGCGAAAGAAAAGUGCAGCAGCGUGCGAACAGUAACACAGUGUGCGAGAGCAGCAGCGAGAGAAGCGAAACAGCAACAGCAUGUCAUCCGAGUGUGCCGCGGCUAUGUACUACCAACCACUAGUCUAGUUAAUGUCACACGCAACACAGCAACCGGACAGUUGUAACGCACACACACACACCCAAACACCCAAACACACACAGCGCUAGCAGGAGCUUGCUUGUUGCACUUACUGCGAGAGGCGCACGCUCGCUGUAAAAACGGAACAGUGCAUCGCAGCAAAUCAUCCCGACCACUCUGUCUAUUCGGUUCCGGCGCUCCUUCAGCUGCAAUAGUUUGUCCCGAUUUGAUCGUGUGAACCCCGUGAAACACCACCCACCCACCCUCCGACCAGCCAGCCAGCAACGGAAGUGGAAACCACGCGCUCACAUUGCACCGGAAGUGAUUCGCUAAAAUCACCCGACUACUACUACUCCCCCUGACGCAAGGUGCACGUGUGUGUGUGUGUGAGAGAGAGAGAGAGAGAAAGAUCUCAGCCGCUGACACCAAAACGGCACACACUCGGUCCAGGUGGUGUUUUUCUCCGCGCACAAACCGCGUGGUGCAUCGUGCAAGGAAAAGGAUAUUGUUCACGCUGCCAACCCCAAGCGACCACGAGGAGGAUGGCACUGUGAAGGAAGAGUGCGCCGUGCGUAAAGUGUGCCAAAAGAAAAGGGGAAAACUGUUCGCUUUACCCAAACCAAACCAAACGUUCACGGGGCACCAACGCCACCAUUCCUUGGAUGGGAUCCGGAUCCAGUCGGUGAGCGAGACAGCACAGAACAGCCCUCUGGAGCGCUUUUCCUUUGUGUUCCAUCCGGGGCAACACGAGGCAGCAGCAAAAAAGCACAUGGCCCGCUGCUGACACGGGAAAUGGCUACUUGUUAAUGUGCGUUUUUCCUCCCCAAACACGGUGCGCGGUGGCGCGUAUGUGUGUGUGUUUGUGCGUAUUCCCUUGUUCAUGUGCGAGCGAGUGUGAAAUCGGCCGCCAGCGAGCAGAGUAGCAUCACACAGUACACGGCAACGAACAAGCACACAAGAAGGUGUACAUGCAAAAACGCGUCCACCUUCAUCUGGGAACGUUUUUUUGGUUUUACCUCUCGCCUCAUCUUCGGUAAAGCAAGCAAUUCCCAACGCGGGCCCCGUGGAGAGUGUGUAUGUGUGUGUGUGCGCGAGUGGCAGUGUGUGCAGUUACGAUUCCAUAGCCCACUCUGACCGUGUUUUUUACGUUAUAUUGCGCUUCUUACUGCUGCACCGUACCAGCAACAUCAGCCUCCUUCGCCGUUGACGACGUGCUGCAGCUCACGUCGUUUCCAUACAGCAGCAGCCUGUUUCCUGGCCGGAGAACACGACGAACAAAAAUAGCUCUCCUCCCAUCCCCCCCUGCUCGAAGUGACCUUGACGCGCCUUCUUUUUGGCCUUCCUUUUAUGCAUUCACAGUCUCUCACACAUGCACACACGUUGGUGGAGACUCGGCCAACUUCCAGCCUGCCCGUCACCGAGCGCGCUCCGGUACAAGUAUUAUAAACGGCAAUAGUAACAGUCCCCCUACCACCACCACCACCAGUUCGAUUGAAUCAUUCCCUUUCGCUUACGAAAACUGCACCAACCCACCGUCUCCUUCCCGCUGCUGUCGCGCCGCGCCUCUGCACCGUGCAGCGAACAAUGGUGGGCCAGUGCACUCGUGAUUAUACGCUUCAUCGAUAGCACACCGCAUCGGCACUGAAACACACACACUCACACACACCCCGCCCCGGUUGUGCUGCAUGCCGCUCGCGUGAAGCGAAACGCGAUUUUUCGCCCAGUAUUUGUUGCAUCUCCCAGCGCGCUCGCCCCGCAGCAGCAGCAGCAGCAGCUUCACGAUGGCAGCGCUGUGAUUGCGAUCAGCCGUGGACGGAUCCGCGCGUGUGUGUGUAUGUUUGUGCGCGUGUACUGGUACGUGUACAGCCGCCCCGGACCGAACUGCUCCUUCGGUGCAUCGUCGUGCAACAACGCGCGUUGGCCACACGCAAACACUAAACACUAUUCCGCGGGCCCGCACACAAUACCACCAAACACAUUGCAUUCGGAGCUGUUGUUGUUGUUGUUGCGUUCUCUGUUCGACUACGGCGCACGAAGCAUGGCGACGGAGUGGUGGUGAAGCUGUGAAGGCGAUGUAAUCGAUUCAACAGAGGACAGACAUCACACACUCGCAUCAUUCGCGCGCGCCAGAGCGUAAGAAAAGGACGGCACUAGCGAGACGAGACCGAGCGAGAGCGAAAGGGCAAUACAAAAACAAAAACAAACCCAACAACGCGCAACCCAAACCACACCGCGCCCGCCAAACCCCCGCGAAGACGAUCGAAGACGAUUGGCCGCAUGCAUUGGUGUGUAUGCAAGUGAGGAAGCAAAAGAGAGAGAGAGAGAGAGAGCGAGCGAGCGAGUGAGCGAGUGAGCGCUGCAAGUGAGUGAGCGAACCGCAGGUCAUCGCGCGCGGAAGCAGGACGGAACAAGCAGUUGCAGUUUCAACUUUACAGAAAACGCUCAGCUGAGCGAGCGGGCGCAGGCAAAAAAGGAAAAGAAAACAAAACCACGAGCACAGCUGAGUGCAGGAAGGUAUUUAUCUUGAGCAGCAUUACGCAUACAAACACGCGCGCGAAUAUCGGGCUCUGGGGGGCUUGCGAUCGUCGUCAGUGGGUAAUAUUACGGCAUCGAGCACGCAAGUGCGCUGCAUCCUCGCGCGGAGUUUCAAGCUUAGUGUGACAACCUGUAGUGCCCCCUCCCCCGUCCAAAUCCCCAACGCUGGGCGAGGUGCUUCGAGGGAACGUGCGCGCGUGAACCAAUUGGCAUUCCAUUACCCGAAAAACAAUAACAAUCCUUCGCAUCGAUGCACCAACAUCAUUUUCGCUCGUAAAAAAACAACAACAAACAAUAAUAACGUGUGAUACCGAAGAAUACAAAAACGGGGGAAAAGAACGGUGCACGAGAAGAGGACACAACACACGUACUUCGUUCGUCUGGCCGUGCUGCUGUGGGGAGCAAAUUUUCUGCGCCUCCUACACAUUCACGUUGUGCUCCACAUUUCGACACACACGCACACACACACGGGUCGAUACACACUGCGUGUUGUGACGUGAACGCGUGAAACGCAUCGAAGUAGCAGCAGCAGCAGCAGCAGUAGUAACUGCAACACAAAGCAAACGGACGGCGUGGAAGAAGAUAGGCGAAAUAGAACGCCUGUCGCAACCGUUGCCAACGUUGCCGCCACCACCACCACUACACCCCUCGACCAAAAAAAAAACGCACCUCAAACCACACGACGGACACGGGUGCAUAAGACGGGUUUGGUUGCGUGCGUACGUGCGUGCGUGUGUGUGUUUGUCUGUGCAUUUGAACGCUCUUCUUGUGAUAUUUACAACAUUCGCACAAUUCCUUGGCCCCGUACACACACACACACACAUCCGUGCGAGCAGAGCCACGCACACGACGGUAUCAGCAGUGUGUGUGGAGGGGGAGAGAAGACAAGAACAACCACGCAGGGGGUUGUGUUCUGUAAAGUACAAAGCGUAAAGCCAUCUUAAACAAAACGAAAAGCUAACGACAAAUUACAAACAAACACCCACUAAAGAGGCUCGUGAAUAAGUAGUAACGUGAGAGACAAAGAGAGAUAGAGAGAAGGAGGGAAAGAAACGGUCAAGGAUCAAAAACCCUGCAAGGCCAUUGCAACGCCAACGGUCGGUCCUUUACUGCAACCCAGCCUAGGUAGAAGAGGAGAUAGUCGUCGUUGCGAUAUAGUCACGCGACGGUUUCGCUAUUCCGUGGUGACUUCAAUUCCGGAUUGAGAGCAUCGUGAGUGGCCACACAGCAUACGCGUGCAGAUACAACAACGGCCGGAUGGAUUGCGUGCAGCAGACGACGACUGGUGGUGGCAGCGGAGAGCAGGAGGGAGCACAGCAGCAGACGACAGUGGAUGCGGAAGAUGCUGGAACGCCCAACGAGCUCCAAUCGGGAGGGUGUAAUGCCUCGUCGAUCGCCGCCGCCGAUGUGUCCCAGCGGGAAAAGCUAACGGUCUGGGAUCGGUACGUCGUGCACGGCAUGAUUGACAAGGGCACGUUCAGCACGGUCUCGCUGGCGACGCUGCGCAGCGAGCAGCAUCUGCCGGUCGGCGCCCGGCGCCAGUUCGCGAUCAAGCUGAUCACGCCGACGAGCCACCCGACUCGGAUCGCGCGCGAGAUCCUGUGCAUGCGGAAGAUCGGUGGCCAGCGGAACGUGGUCGGGCUGGUCGAUGGCUUCCGGCACCAGGGUUCGGUCGGGCUCGUGAUGAACUACAUUCCGCAGGAACCGUUCCACCAGUACUACGCGCAGCUGACCCCGGCCGAGGUGCAGCGCUACCUGCGGCAGCUGCUGAUCGCGCUCGAGCGCGUCCACCUGCACGGCGUGAUCCAUCGGGACGUGAAGCCGAGCAAUUUUCUGCACAGCCCGCGCCACGGCGGCACCUACGUGCUGGUGGACUUUGGGCUCGCGCAGGAAACGGACCAGGGCGUGCUGUCGCUGCGCGCGCCCGAUCCCUGCCCCGAGACUGCUGCUCCUGCCAAGUGCGAGCAGGAGAAGCCGAAGCAGACCGGCCCGGUCGUCCCGGUGCGGAAAGCGCUCAAGCGCCCGCUCAAACUCUCGAAUAGCACUACGAACGAUCUCGGCGGCGUACCAUCGCGGCCCAACAGCUCCGGUGGUCGCACCACCGACGCCAGCCGCCCACCGCCGCCGUCCGCGUGCAGCUGUUACGGCCGGGCGCAGGUGUGCAACCGGUGCCUGGUGCGGCCGGAGAUGAAUGCGCCGCGGGCCGGCACGCCCGGCUACCGGCCGCCGGAGGUGCUGCUGAAGUAUCCGCACCAGACGACCGCCGUCGACAUCUGGGCGGCGGGCGUCAUCUUUCUCGGGCUGCUGAGCAAGCUCUACCCGUUCUUCGGCAACGUCGACGAUCUGACCUCGCUCGCGCACAUGAUCGAGGUGUUCGGGUACGAGCGGAUGCGGGAAACGGCCCGCGCCCUCGACCGCACGCUGCACUGCGAUGCGGUAACGAUGGCCAAACGGCCGUACAGCUUGCGUCGCCUGUGUCAGAACUUCCGCGCGAUCCACUAUGGGCGCGAGCUGGGCUCCGGUGCGGGCGGUGGCGAUGCGGGUAGAGUAGCCGUAGCUGGUGGCUCUAGUCCGCCGUCCGGGCGGGACGAGGAGCAGCGGUACGGUUGCGAUAACUGUUGCAAACCGCCCGACACCUGCCUGUGCCAGAGGCGCCGCGCCGUUGGUGCCAGUGCUGGCGACGACGAGGCGGAACCGGUCGGCGACACGGAUUGCGAUGAGUACGGGCCCGAUGCGUACGAGCUGCUCGAACGGCUGCUCGAAACGAACCCGCACCGCCGCAUUAGCGCGACCGAGGCGCUGCAGCAUCCCUACUUUCAGGUGCAGUACUGAAAACGCACUAUCAUCACACACUGCCGUGCGUCACCGCUGCCACACCGUACGUUACACCACGCACGCAGUCGCCGGAAGUGCGAGAUUGUGCAAAUGUGUAACGCAAGACUAACGAGCUCCUAGCCCCCAAGCAAGACCAGGCGGUAGGGUCAAUUAUGAAGCCAGUAUAUAGAUAGGAAAUGAAGACAGGAAAAAAAAAGAAAAAAAGAGAUUUUUCGCGAGCGCGCGCUUGAUCGUGUGGAGUGGAGAUGGAUGGAGACAGAAAAGGAGAGAGAAUGUGAGAGAGAUUAUCAUUGCAUAGUACAUUAUACUUGUUUAAGUUACCACCGAAUAGAUAACGACACGUGCUCUUGAUGCCCCUGAUCGCGUUCUCACGCGCGUGUUGUGCAUUGUAAGAUCGUGUAAGAGCGCGCACACCGCCACCGCCAAUUGCCGUGCACGCUACACUACUUAGCAAAUGUUACGUUCAAGAAGCUAUACCAAGAAUGUGCCCCAUAAAGCGAUACAGAGAGAGAGAGAGAGAAUGUGUGAGAAAAUCCCGUACAACUACGACCUUGUCAACGAUUGCCAGUAUACAACCAACACCCGUCCGCGCACGUGCAAUAGAGAGAGAGAGAGAUAGAGGGAAGGAAAGUGCAAGCUAGGAAGGGAAGCUAACAUUCCUUUUCGUCCUAAAAUCAUCCCGCUCCUAUAGCGGGGACGACGAUACACUGUUUACCAAAAGCGAGAAAAGACUAGCGGCUAGCUGAAAGAAUCCAAACCGAACGGUCGUUACAAUAUCGAAACAAGCGAACAAACAAACAAACAAACAAUCCAUCAAGAUCAUACAAAACCCUCCAGAGUAGCAAGGCAAGGAGUUAAGGUAGUAGCAAACGUUCUGUCUAGCAGACAAACCAGCAAAAGGAGGUUGUGAGUUUGGGCCGACCGGCUGAGCUCGAAUCAGGCCACAUUUCCUUGCACUUUUAAGCAGCGGAAGCAAAUACGAAGGCCUCCACACACACAAACACACACAAGGACUACACACUAGCAAACGCACGGUAUGGUAGGGCUAUUGAUUGUGUCAACCAAACCGUCCCUUUCGUGCCAUAUCGAUAGGGAUGCGCGUUCCUUCGCCCGGUGUUGAUGGUUUUGGCGUUUGUUUGUGAGCUCUCUCGCCGGAGCCGGGACGGAUAGGAAUUUCUAUUUGUGUGUGUGUGAAAGUGUUGUGUGUGUGUGUGUGUGCUGCACUGAAAUUACCGUGACAAAGAACGACUAGCACACUAUAGCAGCAGCAGCAGCAGCAGCAGGCACAGGCACAUUGUUUGUUGAAUUUUGUUUUUUUUUUCAUUAUUAAUUUAUAUUAACGUACCUUUUUUGUCAUUGGUUUUAUUAUAAGGCAAGUUUGUUUAGGAAACAAUAUGAUCUAGUUUUGCGCAAACGAGUGCGGACGCGUGCGCGCGCACGCCCCCUCGCGCACACUCACGCCAAUCUUCCCCGUGAAGCUUAUUAUUUAUUUCUUCUCUUUAAUCUAUUUUUCGGAAACAAAGGGGCACGCUAUUAAUUGUGCUUACGACGGUUCCCUCACGCUCAGCGCGUUUUUGUGCUUGUUGUGUGGUACAGCAGUACAGUGUGGUGGUAUCAAUUCGGGGAGUGUAUAUAGUGUGUAUGUAUGAACCUGCGCGUAAAGUCGUCGCCACACCCCACCGUCACCCGCGUCGGACCGCUUGUCGGUGGAAGAGAUUUUGUGCUGAAGCCGUAAUUUUUAAUCUAUUUAUUAAAUUAUUUUUCACCAAACAAACGGUAGGAAGUCUGUUUGAACAGAAAGCAUUUGUGUGUGUGUGUGUGUGUACGUGUAAAAGUCGGUGUAUGAAUGUUUAGGGGAGGGAUGUUCAAGGAAUGAUAGAGAGAGAGAGAGCGAUUAGGGGAUAAACGUUGCGUUUGGUUCCGUUUGUUCCGAGUUUUAAUCCGUUGCUUUUUAGCGUUUGUUGUUCGCGACCUGAUCAUCAUUGGUGUCAUCAUCAUACGAUACGUUCAAUGAUGCGUUUAAGUAAACCAAAUCGGUGUGGCAUGCUGUAGAUGCAACUCCCAACCCAACCAACCAGCUGGAGAGCUAGAGCCGAAACACUCAGCAGCAUUAUAGUUGUAACAUAAAGGGAAGAGAGAGAGAGAGAGAGAGAGAGAGAGAGAGAGAGAGAGAGAGAGAGCGAAAGAGAACAUUGAGAGGGCAACAGGGAAACUGAUCGGUGUCGCCGCUUGGUAUAUGGCAUGGCCAGUAGCAGCAGAGCAGGGAAGCCAGGCAGGCAGCGCGCUUGCAAACACCAAAAUGCGCCACCAUCGUGUACGCGCACGAGAACUGCAAUAACAACAACAGCAACAAAAAUAUAGAAAAGAAGUACAACAUUAAACCAAUGGAGGGACAAUUAAGUAGAUCAAAGCAAAAAAAAAAAACAAAAAAAAAACAAAGCGUUUGCACGCAAAACAGCAACAACAACAAACAUAAAGAAACAACACUCAUAAUCAGUGUUUUUGUUAGCCAAUGGGGAAACCUGGGGAGAAGAAAGAGAAUCGCGCAUCAUCAUCAUUUAUCAUCAUCAAACUGUAGAAUUGUAGUGUCUGUAUGUAUGUAUAUCUAUCAUCAUACCACCUAUGUAUGUAUAUUUGUAUAUGUUGUAUCGUUGGCCCAAGGCGCGACGGCAUUAUUGGUUGUGUUCAGGGCCCCAAAUUCUGAAACGAUAUGUUCAUACAAGAGAGGGCACCAAACGAAGAAAGAGAGAGAGAGAGAGAGAGAGAGGGAGAGAGAGAGAGAGAGAGAGAGAGAGAAGGAGAGAGAUGCGCCAGUUGAUAGUGAAUUGUAUUGUUUCAUUACUUGUUUUUUGUUGAAUUCUAUUGCACUUGCAAACGAUCGCCACUACUCUCGCAUCUUAAUCAUUUUCGAAUGCAUUAUCCUCAUCCCCUACCCCUUCUUCCCCUAUUCCACUCCGUAAGCAAAAAUAAAACAAGUGCUGAUAUGAAAAAAAAAACACAUGAUUUCCUCGCUAUCAUCGUCCGUUCACCCCAGUAUUUUGUGUGCGUGUGUGUUAGUAGCGUUGUAGUAAAGUAUUUUUUGUUUCCUUUUUGUGAAAUUAAAAACAAUAUCCCGUCAGCUAGAGAGCGAGAGAUAGAGAUGAUCUCAUCGGUUGUGGUUUAAAGCCGCGCGCCUGCUGGUGGUGGUUGCAUCCAGCACUCGGAAGCGGUAAUGCAUUGCGCACUUGUAACAAUGGAAACUGGCAAAGCACGUUUCGGUAAUAGGUCUGGGAAAAACGGAAUAACAAUCGGCAAAUUCUGUAGGGAGAAGGAAACAGAUCGAACGAACGAGGUGUAAGGAUAAAACGGUGGUGUACUUGUAAAAUGGUGGUGUGCGUUUUUGGGGUGGUCCACAUGAAAACGCAAGGCAGCGAAGCCUAUAUGCUACUGUGCAGCAGUGACUGGGAAUGUAGGAAAGUAGCACAAUUUGAAUGUAAAAUGUAUUUUAAAGCGUAAUACCCAGCCGCCCGUGCAACCAACGUUGGUUGUACGCGAUGAGGGGGCAGAAGACAAACGAGACCCAAGCGUGCCAGAUACAUUAAACGCAAUAUCGUCUUCAGUGAUGAAAAAAUGCA